AGCAACGUGCACCAAGAAACUAGUCAUUAGUGCAGUGGGCAACCUAGUCACGAGUACAACAUGGAGCGGACACCGUCCAGUGCGUCGGAAGGGUCCUUCUGGACGACCAUAGAGCUGCUUGCGGACCGCGGCCGGCGCCGACACUCCGCCGCCGACGCCGAUGACUUCAUCGGCAUCGACCUUCCCAUCAGGAGAGCGUCAACGCUCAGCUUCGCGCAUCCCCAUGUGCGGGCGCGGCUGGAGAAGCACAUGGGCACGAACCUGGUGCGGCUGACGGACAAGAGCUACAUGAGCGACCUCGAGGACCGCAUCCGGGAGGUCAACGAGGAGCACCUCAACAAGAGGAUCACCACUAGAGUGAUGGACGAGAUGGAGCGUCUAAAGCGGCUGAUCCUCGUGGGCAAGACGCCACUGAAGGAGUGUCCCCCGGAACUGUACCACCACCCGGUCUUCGUCUUCUGGAGGAUGGUCAACAAGGAAGUUGCGAGAGCGUCUAAAAAGCGAGCAGACGCUUAUUACAGGAAACUCAAGGCCUCACAGAAGAUUGACCAGUUUAUGGAGGAAGACGUGGAAGAGGAGCCGGAGGAGGACGCCGGGGAGAAGCUGACGUCCGAACAGCAGCUCGCGAGGUGUAGGGCAGAGAUCGAGGAGCAGAAGCUAAUGGACAUCGAGCGCGGAGUGCGCUUCACUGAUGAGCAGUACGCGCAACUCAAAUACGAGACCGCCGAUAUCAAGCAGCUCAAGAAUCUUACUACAGUGGAGGAACUGUACGCGAUGGCCGACAAGAUCAUCGGGACGAAACGUCUCUAACCGUUUAUUUCCUUUAGUUACUAAGUUUUACAUAAUUAUCGUUCCAACUAAUUUGUCCAGUAAGUUGAAAGUUUUUGGUUGCCGUCCAGUGACAGGUCCGUUUUCGUUUAAAAACGUAGCAUUAUUAAACUUGUAACAUAAUUGUAAAGUUGAUAACUGUAAAUGUAGGUAAGCAACAUGUUUUUGUA